UAAUGAACGAAAGUCAGCAGCAGCCGCUACCGCCACCUUUUGUUUUCAUUUAGUUGCAGAGUUUCCUGUCAGGACAAGAGUAUUUCGGAAGUUGGUGCAAGGUAGCGCCCUGUGGUGUUCGAGAGCGUUGCUCCUCCCGCCCACGCCGAUCGAUUCCGUGUGAUGAUGGCGGAAGCCUGGAUCCAGGAGGAAGAGGAGGAGAAGGAGGUGCGAGGGGUGAGCGACAGGGACCCCGGCUUCAGGCACCGCUCGGCAGCUGCCAGACGGACCGGCGCCUCCUUAGCAGAUCGUUCUGAUAGAAAUAAACCAGAUCAGGCAUCCCGCAGUUCCAGCCAUGGACCAUUAUCUACAAUAAAAGCAGCUAUCAGAAGAACGUCAAGUCGUGCAUCAUCACAGAGUGAACUGCGGAGAGAAAGGAGGCGCCCAGCCAUUACAGUCUUAUCUGCAGAGCCCAUUGGCCCAAGCUCCUGGUAUCCUGGUGUCCCAGGGAACUGUGCAGCUCCUGUAAGAGUGGGAGCACCAUACCCUCGGACUCUGUGGAGUAUUGAUGAGCCUACUGCAGCAGAGCCUCCGCCAUCUUAUGAGCAGGUGAUUCGAGAAAUCAGCCAGCAGCCUGCGCCCACACCACCUGCCGUCAGGAAUUCAACUGCUACCAUAUCAACACAGACUGAAUUUGACCAGGAUACUGAAGAUCUAGAGACCAGGAGUGCUGAUGCUGAUUUUGCAUGUUUAAGAGAGAUUCUUCCUGUGACAGUUCCCGUAAAACCUUCCAGAUCUGCUGUAUGCCUCAUUCCCAUUAGGCCUGAUGAGAAUGAAGCACCUUUGAUUUCACUAGAAAGUGAUACAAGCAGGGAACAAAGUGUCCAAACAAACACGAAUGUUGUGGAGCGCCCCAUACCAAGGCCGAGGUCCUUAGGUAACUUCAGGGUACUUCUUCAAGAAUUGCAGCUUGGACCUGCAGAGGAAGAAGGCAAAGAAAGUUCCUCCAAAGUCAGUGUUGUGGAAAGCCACCAAAUUCCAAUUGCCAAAGAUAAUUUUUCCAGUCAAGACAUAAUGGGAGACAGUAAUGGACAGAGCGUCCUUUGCAAGAUAAAGGCAUUCGAAACACAAACAGAUCCUGAAAACUUUGCCAGUAAUGCACAGCCAUCAAAGAGGCCUGAGGUUGCUCCACGGACUUUGUUGCCAAAGUCUGCAGCGGUCCAGGGGAGACCAGCUGUAGCUCCAAAACCAUCUAUGAUUAACAAGAUUUCAAGAGAAUCCAAUGAUGGAGUUGAAGCCAAACCUAUAGCAGCUGAGAGACAGGGGCCUAUCCUGCAUCCAAAGCCACAAGUGGGGAGCACAGCUAUUGGAUCCAAGCCAGAACCACCCAAGAAACCAAAGUCUAGUAUCUCUACAGAAUCAAAGCAGAAUGAUCAAACUUGCAGCACUUUAGAUCUUCAGGAGGAGGAGCUUCCAAAUCCUGUGAUGACACAAAGAGAAAGACCUGCAGUUUGGAGGAAUCAAACACCUAUACCAGCACCAAGGCCAACAGUGGCAAAAAGGACCAACCCUAUUGAAAAUCGUAUUACGCCUCCUACAGCACCUAAACCUCCUACAACUAGACCUUCUUUGUUACCUAUAGCAAAGACCCCAGUGGUGGAAGCCGAAGGAUCUUCAAUCAAUAAACAUUCACCACCUUUACAGAUACACUCAAAAAGUACACAAGAUCUGAUAAGUUUUGAAGAUGAUGUGAUACCUGCUCUUCCAACAGGAGAUAAUGUGACCUCUUUAGUGACAGUAGAUCCUUUUCAGACUUUGCCUAGAGGCCAGGCACCCCCCACGGACAUUAUACCUAGUCGGCCACCGUUAUCACGUAAACCAACUGUAAUCCGUAUACCUAACAAACCAAGUAAAACAUCUUCAGAAGACAUUGCAAGUCCUCCCCCACUUCCUGCUGUGACUCCUGUAGGUAACUUCAUUGCAGAAAGACCUAAGACAGUAUCUACGGAGAACUGUGAUCUGCCGGGACCUGUUGCAAGCCAGCCUUUGGUAAAAGUGGGUAAAGUUCCUCCAGCACGUCCUGCCCCACUGAAAGCCGGUCCAGCUCGACCUCCUCCACCGAAGGUGUCUGCUGUGCCUAACCAGUUCCGUCGUUCUUCAUCGGAACAGAAAAUAAACAACGCUGUGGGAAAACGAAGCCCAUCUACUGCAGGGAAGGCUCGUCCUAAAAGUCAAGCAUUCCAAAGAAAAGGACCGGGGCUUCCACCUCGACCAGCUCCAGGACACCCACUCUAUAAUAAGUACAUGUUACCUGUGCCUCAUGGGAUUGCAGAAUGUAACAUCACCUCCAAGGUCCCCGGAGAACUGUCUUUCCAGCAAGGCGACAUCCUUGUUCUUAAACAACGCAUUGACCAAUCAUUCCAUUGUCAAAAGGGGCUUGAUACUGGCAAAGUUGCAUCAUCUCAUUUGAAGAUAAUUACUCCACUGGAAGAAGACGAGGUGAAAGGAAUUAGCAAGAAAUCCAUCGCUUCUGAUCUGCAGUUUGGAGACAGUAAUGCUCCCCGUGCUUUGGUGCUGCAUGACUUCACAGCAGAUCAAAAUGACGAAUUGAAUCUGAAGGCAGGAGACACGGUAUACUUGCUGAAGAAGUUGGACAAAGAUUGGUAUAGUGGAAAGUGCAAAGGGCAUACUGGGAUUUUUCCAGCUAACUUUGUCAAAGUUCUUGUCGAUCUAGCUGUUGGUGAUUCAAAGGAGAGCAGUGUGAAGAAGGACUUGUCUAAGUCAGUUCCACCUACCAAGGGACCUCGAUGUGUGGCUCGGUUUGACUUCGAAGGAGACCAGCCUGAUGAGCUCACUUUCUUUGAAGGUGAUGUUAUUGCACUGAAGGAGUAUGUGAGCGAAGAAUGGGCUCAAGGAGAACUCAAAGGUCAAACAGGAAUUUUCCCACUGAAUUUUGUAGACCUUAUUGAGAACCUACCAACCUCUGAGCAGAAGACUGUCCAGAAUUCACCUAUGCCUCCAGGUUCUAACAGUGUAACAGGUGACAGAGCAAUAGAGACCUCCACAUCUAAUCAGGUUGGAGACUUGGACCUGCAGUGGUGUGAGGCACUUUAUGAUUUCAAAGCAGAAGCUGCUGAUGAUCUACCAUUUAAACGUGGUGAUCAAAUUCUCAUCUUAGAGCAGAUAGACUCUGAAUGGUGCAAGGGGAAACUUAAUGGUAUCGAGGGAAUUUUCCCAUCUGCGUUUGUUCGAAUUUCCACAGGAACAACCAGCCCUGUGAAACAACAAUCCUCUGAGAAUAAAAGAGGAAUGGCCAAGGCGUUGUAUAACUUUGUAGGGGAGAAUGAAGAUGAGCUUAACUUUAAGGUUGGUGAUACAAUAAUCCUGCUGGAAUCCAUAGAUGCUGACUGGCUGAAAGGGGAACUACAGGGAAAAGAGGGAAUAUUUCCCAGGAGUUUUGUUCAGGUUCUAAAGGAUCCAUUGUGAAAUUCUCUUGCUGAGACUGAAGAAUGAAUGUGUGGAACAGCACUGAACUCUGUCAAUCAUUUAUUUGUACCAAAGGAAACACAAAGCACAUUGGAGUCUGGGACAUGAAAGGUUGAAACAAAUUUAAUUGCUGUUGUUGAAAUGAUUAACUAAAUGUUCAUUUACUUGUGAACCAAGAUGCACUGCAGUCACUUGGAAGCAGUGUAUGGAUGGUGGCCAGGGUUUGUACUCUCAACACUAUACUCCAGAUAAUUAUACUCCAUGCUUUUUAUACAUUGGUAUAAAAUGAGUUUGGAUUGAAGAACACAAUCAUGAUAUAAUUAUACUGAAUCCAACAUAGUAUGCAGGUACUAACAGUGAGUGGGCUGGUUUUCCCAUUGUUGCUGCCAUCUUUAACUUGCAUACACUUUUUAUUGUAAUGUCUAUAAAAAUGCAUCGUUGCAUGUUAUUUCAUAUUCUUCUGAAUUGUAAUUUUUAAAGUUAACAUGGUUUAUAUAUAUAUAUAAAAAAAUAAAAUCGGUCUUCAAGAUUUGCCUGCAGUAUUAUUUAGCAAUAACUGGGCAUUGGCAGUAACAAAUUAUUUUGGUGUGGAUUCUUCACCACUGGUAAUUCUAGGUAGCAUUUGCUUUGUAAUAAACUUUUUAAUAAAUAAUAUUUAUUUCAAUACUUCCAAGAUUUUUUUCAGAAAAGAUUUUGGAGUGUGACUGUUCAGUACUGUUGGUAAAUUUUCAUCUGUGAACUUGCGUAAAUUGCACCAUAACUCUCUCACACUAAACCUGUAUUGUAACACA